AUGCGAGUACCUGAGCUCCAAGCCUGCCAGGAUGGUGGGUCCACCUCUCCCCAGCUCUUUGAAGGCUAAUGGUGAUCUCCUACCCCAUUCCCCAGGGGCACACAAUGAGAAACUUUCACUUCAUAGAUGGGGAAAUGUACUUUGCAUGGAAAGGUGGUGGGGACAGUCCUGGAGACUGGGCAGGUAGGACAGGGCAGCUGGUACAGAGGGGUGCAGGUUGAGGUCUGCCCUGGGAAGGCCCUGGGGAAAACACUUCUCCACUCCUCAUUCCAGCCUCACCUCCACCUCCUGGAUCCAAGGCAGGGACACGUCCCUAUGACUCCAUCCAGGCUGCACAGGAGAUCUGACCUGCUCCCAUCAGCCUGUGACUUCCAACCCCAGCCCAGCAUCCCCAGACAUCCUCUGUGGGAUGCGGAGGAGGGACAAUGGGAGGAGCUUCUCUCCUGGUUGGAAUUCCUCAGUAGAAUGCAGAAGGCUGGAGGUCACAGAGGCCUCUGUGAUAUAACCACAAGGGGGAGUGAGACCACUUGGAGUGAAGAUUCUUUGAGGAGAAAGAAGAGACUGAGCAACCAUGAGGGAUAAUGAAAAGGCCUGGUGGCAGCAGUGGACCUCCCACACAGGCCUCGUGGUUGGGGGCGGGACUCAGGAGGACCGUAUGAGGUUUGGAAGGGGAGUAGCUGCACUGAGGGGCCGCCCCUCUCUCCUGCAGAGUACCAUUCACGAGUCCUAUGGUCAACCAGAGGAGCAGGUGCUCAUCAACCGCCGGGACAUCAUGAACAAAGCGGACACCUGGGACAUGCAGGAGUACAUCACUCGCAUGUACAUCAAGCAGCUGCUCCGACACCCCGCCUUCCAACUGCUGCUGGCCCUGCUGCUGGUGAUCAACGCCAUCACCAUCGCUCUCCGCACCAACUCCUACCUGGACCAGAAACACUAUGAGUUGUUCUCUACUAUAGAUGACAUUGUGCUGACCAUUCUUAUGUGUGAGGUUCUCCUCGGCUGGCUCAAUGGCUUCUGGAUUUUCUGGAAGGACGGCUGGAACAUCCUCAACUUCAUUAUCGUCUUUAUCUUGCUCUUGCGGUUCUUCAUUAAUGAAAUCAAUAUCCCCUCCAUCAACUAUACUCUCAGGGCGCUUCGUCUGGUGCAUGUGUGCAUGGCGGUGGAGCCCCUGGCCCGGAUCAUCCGUGUCAUCCUGCAGUCGGUGCCUGACAUGGCCAAUAUCAUGGUCCUCAUCCUCUUCUUCAUGCUGGUUUUUUCAGUGUUUGGGGUAACACUCUUUGGUGCAUUCGUGCCCAAGCAUUUCCGGAACAUACAGGUUGCGCUGUACACCCUCUUCAUCUGCAUCACCCAGGAUGGCUGGGUGGACAUCUACAGUGACUUCCAGACAGAGAAGAGGGAAUAUGCAAUGGAGAUUGGGGGUGCCAUCUACUUUACCAUCUUCAUCACCAUCGGUGCCUUCAUUGGCAUCAACCUGUUCGUCAUCGUGGUGACCACCAACCUGGAGCAAAUGAUGAAGGCAGAAGAGCAGGGACAACAGCAACGAAUAACCUUUAGUGAGACAGGCGCAGAGGAAGAGGAGGAGAAUGACCAGCUGCCACUGGUGCACUGUGUGGUCGCCCGCUCGGAGAAAUCUGGUUUCCCCCAGGAACCCCUUGUGGGAGGCCCCCUGUCAAACCUCUCAGAAAACACGUGUGACAACUUUUGCUUGGUGCUUGAGGCAAUACAGGAGAACCUGAGGCAGUACAAGGAGAUCAGAGAUGAACUCAACAUGAUUGUGGAGGAGGUGCGAGCAAUCCGCUUCAACCAGGAGCAGGAGGCAGAGGUGAUGCAAAGGCAGUCUUCCACGAGCGGGUCAUUGGAGACUACGUCAUCCAAGGACGUCCGCCAGAUGUCUCAACACCGAGACUUGCUCAGUGCGCUCGUUAACAUGGAAAAGGUUCAUGACUCUAGCUCACAAAUACUCCUUAAAAAACGCAAGAACAGCCAUUGAGAGGCCAGGAUGGGAGCCAAGGGGCCUGCACACACACACCCAGCCGCUGUGUCUUCCUGUGUCCUUAGUGUGGCUUGGCAGAGCCUGGCCAGAGCCCAUCCUCUCCCUUACACCUGGGCAGAGGCCGGGGGCUGUGAAGGUGGCAGCACCUGCAGGGCUGGUGCCUGUGAGCCCCAGGUCCAGAGGAGCCAGGACAGAGAAGGAUGCUGGAUGAUGAGAGUGGAAACUCUAGCAGCAAGGAUGAGCACAGAAGGGGGUGCUGGCCAACGCAGCCAGGAUUUGACCUAAGGAUGGGGAUCCCUGGCCCCCUGCUCUUGCCCAGAGGUGGUGGGGGGCCUCAGUGGGCCCCAGCACCAAGAAGAGAAAGGCAAGGCCAGUGGGGCCAGACAUCUGUGUGUUGACAAUAAAGUUUUGUGUUGGAA